AUGAAAACUUAUGUAUUUUUGAUAAUAUUAGAUUUUAUUCAAUUAGUGGUUUCAUGUAACCACGACUCAAAUCUUACUAAUGAAUUGUACCCUUCGUGCCCAAUUCAGUAUUUCCGAAGAAAACGGGCAUUGAAUGAAUAUACUCGAUGGCAAGGGAAUCAAGAAACUACAGAUGAGUUCUUAGUAAAGGUUUUAGAUGAAGAAUUGUCCACAUCGAACACCAAGCCAAUCGUUGCAGUCAAUAUUAUGCCUAUGACUAAAAGUGGCGAUAAAAUAAUAAUAGGUGGUGCACAUCUCCCGUCAUUAACGACGUUAAUGUCAACUACUGGCGAACCCCGAGAAUAUACAAGAUUUGUGCCGCCAACUACAAUAUCAGGACGCGAAAAAGAUAUCAUGUUCAUCGUUUCAAAUACCCAUGCUACAACUGGCAAAACUUUUCCACCGUCGCUGCAGCCACAAGGUUAUUAUACACAACGGGAUGAUAGUCCACCUGCGAGUCCACAAUUUAUAGCACGAACACCAUUACUGGUGGCCCGACAAUAUGCUCCUAUUGAGCCUGUAGCGUUUAGUCGCCGCAGUAGCUUUGCUCCGUUAACUCCACGAUCUACAACAUUACCUAGCUUACGUACUUUUAAUCCGCCAACACGAACUCUACCCCGUUCAGCUGCUUCUUUACCGGUCCGAACUCAAAAGGAUUUUAGAAAUUUUCAACCGUUCGAUGAAGAAACCACUGAGACUUUUAAUCCUCUAACACGAACUGUACCCUCUUCACCUGCAACCUUACCGGUCCGAACUCAAAAGGAUUUUAGAAAUUUUCAACCGUUCGAUGAAGAAACCACUGAGGUGUUUUUAACCCGCACAACUUAUACUACUCCAAAAAGAACAACAAAAUUCGAAGUUAGUUCUAAGACUGACCCGAGUCCGGAUAUUAUACCAACAACUAACAAGUUGAUCGAAGAAGGUAGAAGAAGGCAGGAGGAACUGAAAAAAAUAUCUGAAAAGGAGUUAUCAUAUAACAUGAUGUUUUAUAAUGAUGACGACUCAAUAAGCGGUAAAAAAGAAGACCAAGAAGGCAUUGAUAAUGAAUAUGAUAAAAAAGCAUUAAAAGAGGACUCAGUACCAGAAAAUUCAUUUACAGACACUAAUGAAAUAAAUGAAGAAAGUGAAACUAGCAGUGAAAGUAUAAAAGACGUUGAAACUGACAGGAAUGAUUUUGUUAUUUUUAACAUAACUACUAUUAAACCAGCACUAGAAGAAAAGUUAAGGGAUAAACGACGCCCUACUUGCAGUAUGAUUAAACUUAGGCAACUAAAUUUUAACUCACCACGAACAUUACCAGAGAUUAUAAAUCAAUUGAAGAUGUGGGCUGACGAUAGUCCGGUGGUAAAAUCUAUUGACAUCACACGAGGCAAUUUAACAGUUAUGGAGAAUCCUAUUUACAUGAUGAUAGUCGAUGAUCCUAGUAGUGGACAGAUAGUUACUGCUAAACAAACUGUAAUGAUAGUAGCAGGUAUACAAGGUCGAGACCACCACGCCGUAGCAGCCGCUAUGUACGUUUUAUAUCAGUUGAUAGAACGAACCGAAGCACACACUGACUUGCUUACCAAAUAUCGCUUUUGGAUUAUACCAGUGUUUAAUCCUGAUGGAUACGAUUAUUCAAUGACAUUCCCGCGUAGACGAGAGUGGACAAAAAAUUUGCGCCAGCAGUGGGAUCCGUGCAAAGGUCGCGAAUCUUGUGAGUCUUGUGAAUCGCAGGGCAUUCGUUGUACCUUGCAGCCCUGCUACGGUGUUAAUCUCGACCGAAACUUUGAAUACCAAUGGAUAUCUGCUGAGGAACUCAAAGCAGAACAUCCUUGCGGUGGACUCUAUGCGGGACCUCGACAGCUCAGUGAAGUAGAAACCCGCGCCCUCACGCAAUACCUUCAUGAGACGGGCUCUCAGCUUUUCACAUUUAUCGCUUUUAAAGAAGGAGAUGUUCUAGGAAUUAUGUAUCCAUAUUCACACACAAAGAAGAAACGUGCCUUUGACCAAGUUUAUAGAGCGCGUGCCUCCAGGGCAGCGUCAGCCGCAUACAGCAUCAGUAACCGCCCCUAUGUAGCUGGUCAAACUUCGGAGUUCUUACCCUUGUAUGCAGGCGGUAUAGAAGAUUGGGUGGAUGGACAUUUGGGAAUAGAUAGUACGUACACUAUCAUGAUGUACAGACCUUCGGACGCAUACAGGUCAAAACUAAUAACAGAGCGCGUGGUUCAUGAAACAUAUGCUGCGAUGGACACGUUACUGCUACAAAGUGUAGAGCCGCUCGGGCCUAUGCCAAGCGUUACUCUAGCAUCAGGCAACCACUGUGAAAGGACGCUUCCAAAACGAUCCCUCUGUGUUAUCGCCAUUAAUUUCUUAUUACUUCUAAAUGGGUAG